AGGGGCAAAAAAUGACCCUCAACAACGUUACCAUGCGUCGCACCCACAACAGCGGCCUGCAACAGCAGCAGCAGCGAUGGAGCAUCCCUGCUGAUGGAAAGAAUCUCUUGGUCCAGAAAGACUCCAACGAGUACAACCCACAGAAGCGAUACACCAUCAGUCCCGAUGAAUACUACAGAAGGAGCUGGUCCUCGGAGUCGUCCGACUCCGUCAUCUCCUCUGAGUCCGGCAGCAAUUGCUAUCGGGUGGUGCUGAUCGGGGAGCACGGCGUAGGCAAGUCCUCGCUAGCCAACAUCUUUGCAGGGGUGCAUGACAGCAUUGACAGUGACUGCGAGGUGCUGGGAGAAGACACGUAUGAAAGAACCCUGAUGGUGGAUGGGGAAAGUGCAACCAUUAUUCUGCUCGACAUGUGGGAUAAUAAGCGUGAGGGAGAAUGGAUUCGAGACCACUGCAUGCAAGUGGGAGACGCAUACUUGAUUGUCUACUCCAUCACAGACCGAGCAAGCUUUGAGAAGGCCUCUGAACUCAGAAUACAGCUCCGCAGGGCACGCCAGAAAGAAGACAUCCCCAUUAUUUUGGUUGGCAAUAAAAGUGACCUUGUCAGAUGCCGCGAAGUUUCAGUGGCAGAGGGACGAGCCUGUGCCGUUGUGUUUGACUGCAAGUUCAUUGAGACCUCGGCAGCCGUGCAGCACAACGUGAAAGAGCUGUUUGAAGGCAUCGUGCGGCAAGUCCGGCUCCGGAGGGACAGCAAGGAAAAGAAUGAGAAGCGGCUGGCAUACCAGAAACGGAGAGAGAGUAUCCCCAAGAAAGCCAGACGGUUUUGGGGCAAAAUAGUUGCCAAGAACAACAAAAACAUGGCUUUCAAACUCAAGUCCAAGUCUUGUCAUGACCUAUCAGUACUUUAAGAUGCUGGACUCUGCCAGAGCUUGUGGCAUUUUGUGGACAUUAUCUAACUAUGUCGUGGGACAAUCAAUCAAUCUAUAUUAGAUUGGGCUAUCAAAGUGACUUAGGUUCACAGUUGUGAUGAUAUGUGCUGACAUAAGAACAGCACAGUGCAUGGAAAUAUCUCUCUCUUCCUUUUUUCUUGUCAGUAAUUUUAAAAGAAAAGUAUAGACCAGAAUGACCUAAAGUUAUGCUGGGAAGUGUUCUGGAGUACACCUGUUCUUUCCCCUCUCACCUUUGGAUAAUAGUGUAAGAACCUUGACUUGGCAUCUUGACUUGGGAAGUGAAUACUACACUC